GUGAGUGAACCGGGAAGGAGGCGGCGGGAGAUGGGAGAGAAGGGUCGGGGAUGUGAGGGAGACGAGAGGGGUGAAAGUUGGAGGAGCUUGGGCAAGGGCAAGUGGAUGAGAGGUAUUAGGAGAUGUAGAAUUGGUCAGGGGAGAACAGGAGAAAUGAAGAGCUACAGAUGAAGCGGGAUCUAUUGAAGUGCCUGAGGGACGUUAAGAUCAGCACAGUACCAGAAUGGAUUUCUCAUUUUCUGUUAACCAACUGCAAGCUUUGUCAAAUCUACUUACACCUGCAGAACAAGAGGAAGAAGACCUGGAAGAACAGUUUCAGCCUGAAGGAGGAGCUAUUGUCCUUCAGCCUGGCCAGAUUGGACCACCAAAACGAUCAAAUCCCACAGCAGAUUCCAGCACUGUUGAGCCUACAGACAACAAAACAAUCUGGGCUGAGGACGAUGUACCUGUAGGGUCAGAAUUUGAAGACAUCUGGGAUACAAGACAACAGCCAGAGUAUGAAAUUCUGUUCAAGCAGAGAGUUGGCACAGAGGAUGUCUUUCUAGGCAUGAGCAGGAAGGAUGGAUCCACAGCUUGUUGUGAAGACAUGGUGAUAAAAAUCAAACUGCCAGGCUGCAAACCAGCGGAUCUCACUCUGGAUGUUAAAGAGCGAUUUCUGGGCCUUCGAUCUUCCACCUACAAGUUGGGUUUACACUUACCCCAUGCAGUGGACAACAAGAAUGGAAGGGCUCAGUUCCACUCUGACACUGACACACUGGAAGUCACCUUAACCAUGAAGAGAGAGUAUGACUUCAUUAACUUUGCUUGAGCAGAUCAGUAGGAGCUGGAGACUUCAGCCGAGUCAGAUCAAUAAUUAAUACUUCCUAUACAAGAGCAAGUAUCACUCUGCACUGGUGUCUUCUAUUUUCAAUGUUUGUAAAGAGCAAACUAUGUAAUUAAACCAUUCAUAAAGAAAAGUGGGACUGCACAAAAUAAUUUAUCAACACAGUGCUGUGCAACGAAUCUUAUCUUGCCUCCAGGAAACACUCAGAGACGAUAGGGAGUCAUGGAAGUUUAUGUAUUGUGAGAAUCUUUCUUGUGGAUUUUUGUCAUUCGUUUGAUUCCUGAAGAAGUUAAAUGAGAAAGAUGUUCCAUGCUAAUUGUUUUCAUAAUGUUCUGUGCAAAUUUGAAUUGUUAAAGCACAAAGUUUGCCCUGUUAACCCUGCCAAACCACCCUAUAAAGGUGAAAGGUGCUAAGUUGAUACACCAGAGAAAAUAGAGCACAAAUCGCUGAUUCUUUAUCACAUACCCUGAAAAUCUCUCACUUGUUGCCACUCUCUACCUUUUUUUUCCAUUUUUCCUGAAUAUAUAUCUCAAAGUUCCUCUCGUGUGCAUCAGCCACUCAAUUCAGGCCCUUUUUUAACUAUAAUGCUAUGUUUGAUUUUUUAAUUAAUGCGUCUCGCUUUGCACAAAUUCCAUUUUUUGUGCCCUCUCUUCAUUCCAUAGGAUGUUGUACUUUUUAUCAGUUAUCUAUGCCUUUUUGAUCUCAUACAUCUUACCUUUUUGGUCAGCUUUAAUAUCAUCCCUAUCCUAUUACAAUUUCUGUUGUAGCUUUAGGAAGAAUAUUAAUUAAUUAUCUCUGAUUCUAUCUGUAAACAUUGUGCAUACCUUGUUGAUUCUUACCUACUUUAGUUAUUCUUUCAUCAUUGAUGGGUCUUAGUGUACUUAUUUGAUAUUAGAUUUCUCCAAGGUUUUCAAUAAUUUGCUGUACAAGUAUUAACUUGGCAGCAAUAGAUAAAGCAAAUGACCUACUGAUAAAAGUCAAAAUAAACCGAUAUUAAAUAUGAAGGCCAAACUGACAGGCCUGUGAUUGCUGGGUUUGUUCUUAAUUCCUUUUGUAUUUGAACAUGGGGUGAUAAAAUUGCAAUUCCCUAGUCUCUGGGAGAUUAUGACUAUACCGUUGCAUUUUAUGCUCUUCUCUCAGCAGCCUACAAUGCCUGGAACUGUUGGUUUCUGUUAUGACAGAAAGCCUUUCUAGUAAUUCCCCUUUUUUAGUUUUUAGCCCGUCAACACCUCAAUGACCUCUUCUUUUAUAGUGACCACAGCAGUAUUUUAUUUUAUUCCUUCAGCUUUUAUUUUGAUCUCACAGUGGAACCGCUCCCCAUUUUAUCCCUUCGCUCUUGAUCUGCCAGUGGAACAACCUUUGAUUGUCUUUUCUGUUAGCUUUCAUUUUUUGCCUUUCCAUUUAAUGUUUAUUCAUUUCUUUCAUUUCCCCAUUUUCAGUCCAGUUCUUGAUUGUAUUAUCAUCCUGACAUCUUUCAUACACCACAUUUUUGCACAGAAAAUCCUCUCUUUUGUCUUUUCGAAAUUUACUUUCCACAUGAACUGACAAUUGCAAUAGCUUAAAUCAAUGCACUAUAUUUGCUAUGAGGUCUUUUCUACAUUGAGUAGAUCUAUGCUGCCUAGGGCAACCAAUCACACCUCACUUCCGAAUUUUAUUUCUUUGGUCCAUGUUUUGACCAAAGUAGAGACGGUCCAGCAAAACACAAAGUGGGCAUUUAGACUACUGGAGUUUAAAUAUUGCUUGAUAGUUUUGGUGAUAAUGUCUUCAUCUCUGAUAAGGGGAUAUGUUUCCUACAGUCCAUCCUAUCUAUAUUAUUUAAGAUUGUAUAUACUUCAAUCAAGUCUCCUCUUAACUUCCUCCAUUAGUUUCAAGAAAAUUGUAGAAUAAAAUAGGACUGGUCCUCAGGUUGAAAUUUUAGAUUGGAGAAAGGCCAGUUUGAUAGCAUCAGAAAGCAUCAGACAGGUCAUUUUCUGGCAAGAUGACUCCUCAGACCUUGUGGGAGGCCAGCUCAGAAAUUGAAAGGACCCUGGCAGCAGUAGUAAAAACAUCCUUAGCCACAGAUGAGGUGCUGGAGGACAGGAGGACAGCCAAUGUUGUUCCGUUGUUCAAGAAAGACUCUAAUAAGCCGAGAAAUUUGGAUAUUUGAUAGAGGUAUACAAAAUUAUGAUGGGUAUGGUUAGGGUAAAUACAAACAUGCUUCUUCCACUGAUGUUAGUUGGCACUAGAACUGGAGGUCAUGGGUUAAGAGUGGAAGGUGAAUAAACAAAACAAUGUGAGGAGCAGCAUCUUCACUCAGAGGAUGGUGUGAGUGUAGAAUGAGCUCUCAGAGGAAUUGGUGAAUAUGGGUUUGAUUGCAAUAUCGACGGUAGGUUUGUUAAGUACAUGGAUGGCAGGAGUAUGGAGGAUAAUGGUCCAGAAGCAGGUGAUAGGACGAGUCAGGACAACAGCUCGGCAUGGAAAGAUUAUCUAAAGGGCACUUUCUAUGCUGUAGUGCUCUAUGACUCUAAAAUGGACCAAGCCUCUCUUAAUAAAACGUUCUGGCAUCAUGCAAAAUCUCUGCAUCCUCUUUUGUAGCCUUCCAUUACUGAUUGUGAUCAGAACUGCAAACAGUAGUUCAGCUGAGAUUUAACAAAUGUUUUAUAAAGAUGAAGCAAAACCUCCUUUAUAUUGUAUUCAUUGUGACAGCUAAAGAAGGCGAGCUUCAAAUAUCUUCCUCACUACACUGUCACCUUCAAGAAUUUUAAACACAAAAUCCCUCUAUUCUUCCAUAAUUGCAAGGACUUUCAAUUUGUGAUGUAUAUCAUAGCCUCAUCAGGGCUCCCAAAAUAGAUAAUUUCAUGAUUAAACUCCAUCUGCAUUUCUGUGCAUGUUUCACCAACACAUCGAUUUCUCCUUGUAGACAAUUUCCACAUAGUCAACAAGUCCACCAAUCUCUGUCACCCGAUGGUGAGAUAAUGAGUGGUGAGAGAUGGUGAGAAGUUAGUGAGAUGUUGGUGAAUUAGUCGUGAGAGAUAGUGCAGUGGUUUGUGUAAAUAGUGCAGUUAAACCACCUGAUUCAUGCAGCUUGUGGAGAUGGGCAUGUAGAUCCUUAAACCACCCCACUGUACAAUGGUAAAUCUAUGGAAACUGAUUGAUUCUGUAUCCUUCUUUAGAACAAAGAUGGUAGAAAGGUUACAAUACAGGUUCCCUUUGAAUAUCUAUAUUAUAUUUGCAUUCCUUUUAUAAUCCCUGAUCCUGUUGUCUUAAAAUGAAUUCAGUCAGAAAUUUCACCGUUCAGCCACCUCUGUGGAGGGAACUUCAAGACUAACCAUGUUUGGGAUGUACUGUGCCACUGCUGCAAGAUGCUAAUUUUCAUGGUAUAUAUGCCAUGGGUAUGUAGACCUAUGGCAAUAAAUAUGCAAUUGAACUCACUACUACUUCUCCAUCUGUUCUUUGACGCCAUUUUGAAUCACCUAUCUCUAUCACCUAUGCUAAAACAUUAUAUUUAACAUAAAGAGGUUUAUAAAGUCUCACAGGGCAGUCAGGACAUUGGAAUCAUCCCUAUACCCAUAGACAAAAUAUCAUCAUCAUCAAUAUGAGCCAUGUCAUAUGUCGUGGGUAAUUAUGGUCUUUAAUCUGGCCAUUGCCUGUGGGGAAGGCCCUCUCCAUGCUGUUUUUAUUCUUUUCGCUAUCCACGACCAUGAUUGUUCCUGGCAAGGUUUUGUACAGAAGUGGUUCUUCUGGACAAUGUCUUUACAAGAUGGGUGACCCCAGCAAUUAUCAAUACUUGGCAGAGAUUGGUUUGCCUGGCAUCAAUGGUCUAGGGCUUGUGAUAUGCACCACCUGUUCCCAUGGCUUCACAUGACUCUGAUCAGGGGCUAAGCAGGUGCAACACAUAGUCCAAGGGAGACCUGCAGGCUAGCAGAAGGAAGGAGUGCCUUACAACUCCUUUGGUAGAAAUGUAACACCAACCCACCAUCCAAGCACAAAAUAUAUAUUUUAUAUCAGAAA